GCCGCGAGAGGCCGUGAGAGAGGGGCGAGGGUCGGCACGGGGAGAGAGCGGAGACAUACCACUGCACCUGGGACGGAGCGGAGCGGGGACUGAGACCCGACAUCCAGGGACCGGAGCGGCGGGUCUGGGGCGAGGGAGAGUUUAAGCGGCGCCCUGGGCGCGGGGCGAGCCGUUGGGUGGCAUUCGGUAGGGCCCGAGUGCACGGAGCGGUAGUGGCCGGAGUUUGGAACCGAAGCGCCGCUCUGUCAGGAUGGAGGAUGCCUAUAACCUUGGGACACAAGAUGCUGACAGUGACUUUGGGCAGCUGGACCUGAAUGUGUUAACUGGCUCGGAGGCUUCCCUUGUCCCCACUGGUGGUCCGUAUAUUGACAUCUGUGAACAGCCAAAGCAGAGAGGAUUCCGGUUCCGCUAUGGGUGUGAGGGCCCUUCACACGGGGGCCUACCUGGAGCUUCCAGUGAAAAAAACCGCAAGACAUACCCAAGUGUCAAGAUCUGUAAUUACACGGGUAACGCAAAGGUUGUAGUGCAGCUGGUGACGGCCAAAGACCCACCCAGACUGCAUGCACACAGCCUGGUUGGGAAACAAUGCACCGAUGACGGUGUUUGCAUUGUACAAGUUGGACCAAAGGACAUGACAGCACAGUUUACUAACCUGGGCAUUCUACAUGUCACAAAGAAGAAUGUUCCAGAGGUGUUGCUGGACAGGAUAUUUAAUGAGAGAUACCACAAGAAUCCCUUGAGUCCGAAUUUUAUUAGCAAGUCUUUGCUAUCAGCACAAGAGCUCCAGCACCUCAGACAAGAGUCCGAACAAUUGGCCAAGGAAAUGGACCUGAGUGUUGUGAGGCUACAGUUCACAGCCUACCUCCCUGACGGAGAGGGCAUGUACACAUUGCCCCUCGAACCGGUUAUCUCCAAUCCCAUCUUCGACAGCAAGGCUCCAAAUGCUUCCAACUUGAAGAUUGUCAGGAUGGACAAAACAUCUGGCUGUGUGCUCGGUGGAGAUGAGAUUUACCUCCUGUGUGACAAGGUUCAAAAAGAUGACAUCCAGAUCCGUUUCUAUGAGGAUGACGAAAAUGGCUGGGAAGCGUAUGGAGAUUUUGGUCCCACGGAUGUUCAUAGACAGUUUGCUAUAGUGUUCCGGACUCCCCGCUACUGGAACAUUUCUAUCGAAAGACCAAUCACAGUCUUUGUUCAGCUGAAGAGGAGGAAAGACGGGGAGACGAGUGAAGCCAAAGCCUUCACGUAUUGCCCCAGAGUGGAAGACAGGGAAGAAGUGAACCGGAAAAGGAUGAAGAGGCUUCCACACUUCUCCGAUCACUUUGGAGGUCCAUCAGGAGGGUCUCCAGGAAUCGGGGGAGGAGGAGGAGCAGGUGGUGGAGGAGGUGGUGGUUUUAACUAUUUAAACUACUCGAAUACUUUCGGAAACCCACUCUGGGCGAACCAGCAGGGGAUGCAGCACACGGGGGGAGCACAGGGAGGAAUGGAGCUCUCUGUGGAACAGAAUCCUUCACCCCAGUCAAUGGAGGUUUCCAGCAGAGGCCCACAGGAAGUCGAACAGCUCAGUGAGCAGCAGACCCCUCUCUCUCACUCCGAGCAGUUGUUUGGUCUGAAAGCGCUGCAGAUCACCGAGAGGACGGCCCGUGCUUUACUAGACUACGCCAUCACGGCGGAUGUGCGCAUGCUGCUGGCUGUGCAGAGACAUCUGACUGCUAUUCAGGAUGAAAAUGGAGACACGUCCCUGCACCUGGCCGUCAUCCAUCAGCAGCCAUUGGUGGUUCAACAGCUACUGCAGGUCAUUGUCAGCAUCCCAUGGCAGAACAUCAUCAAUGUCCCUAACCAUCUGCGACAGACGCCGCUCCACCUCGGAGUGAUCACCCAGCAGUACAAGAUGGUUGAGCUGCUGCUGACUGCCGGGGCUGAUGCUGCUAUUUUGGAUCGCCAUGGAAACUCCAUUCUCCACCUUGCUCUGCAUAGGAAGGAUAAACAGAUGGUGCAGUUAUUGGUGCAACAACUCAAACCUCAAGUGCUCGACAAGCUCAUGAAGCUGCCAGACUGUGACGGAUUGUACCCUGUGCACCUGGCAGUGAAAGCACUGGAUGAGAAUUUGGUGGAUCUUCUGCUGAGCAACGGCGCAGAGCUAAAUGUGUCCGAGCAAAAAAGUGGGCGGUCUCCGCUGCACCUGGCCGUGGAAAUUCGGAGCCUCAGGAUGGUCGGAUACCUUGUGCAUACUGGCGUAGAAGUUGACCGGCCGACGUUUCAGGGGAACACUGCGCUGCACCUGGCGGCUGGCUACAGUUUCCCGGAGUUGACGGCGAUGCUCCUCGGUGCAGGAGCUGAUCGAAGUGCCGAAAACUAUGAGCCCAUAAUGGAAUCUGAUGAAGAGGAUGAUCCGGAUCUGGGGAUCUGCCGUGGACACACGCCUCUCGAUAUCACCAGUGACCAGAAGGUUCGUGACAUUUUACUAGGACAAUCUUGGAGAUGGAAGGAACAGAAUGAAAACUCAUCCGAGAUUCAGCAAGGCAGCAUCACAUCUCUAGGCUCUGAAGUCUUGGGAGAACUGAACAAAGUUCUGAACCAGGAGGUUUCAGGGGCUGACUGGAUGAAGCUGGCAGAGAAGCUGGGCCUUGGCUCUCUCAGCGAGCUGCUCAAAAGUGCCAAGUCUCCAAGCAAGUCGCUACUGGAUAAUUUUGAUAUUUCAGGUGGAACGAUUGAGCAGUUAAUUAAUGCACUACAUCAGCUGGGCUUGGAGAAAGCUGCGAAUAUUAUCCAGAAAACAGAAAGCUACAAAGUGCUUCAGUCUUCAGAUGGGAAGCAGUCAGUGGACAGUGCCUAUGAAAGUGAAUCACAGAGCAUUAUCAGUACCAAUAGAGGGCCGAUUAGAGACCAACAGGUUUAACCACGAUCGGGCUCUGGCAUCUAUAAACAAAGACAAUGAAUGGAUUUUAUCGUUCCCACCAACUCUAGUUUGUAGGGAGCCAAUCGACGUGAUUCUAUUUACCUCUUGCCCGCAAUAAGAAAAGUGAUUUUGUCUGUUUGGAUCCUGCCAGCUCCUUAUUGAUUGACUUACAGCUGCUGAUGUACGUGAAGAAGUGUUGGGGACUUGGUGACUAUUUCAGCCUUACGUCAAGAGUCUGCCAAGUGAACGCCAACAACUUUCAGAGUGCAAAAGGUGGUAUGAACAGACCUGUUGGUGUACGAGUCAAUGGGCUGAUGUUUACGUGUUUAUACGGAGGAGGGCAGGUGUAAUCUGAACUUGCCUCAACGUAAUAUGUAAGGGAAAGGACAGCAUAGCAACGGGCUCUUCGGCCCAUCAAGUCUAUGCCAACCAACAUACCUAUCUAUACUAACCCCACCCACCUACAUUAACCCCAUUACAGGAUGUGGAGGAAGUGUUUAGCUCUUCAUUCCUUGAAUUGCCUUACGCUCUUGCGUCUCUUCUGCCCUCUCUUGUUCAGUAUCAGCUCUUUGCCUUGUGAAUCUGUGCCUUCUGCUAUUGCAACAGCCAGGCGAAGCUGCGUUUCUGCUGAUGUCGGCAGUUGGUGGUGUUAUAAAUGGGAAAACCUGGCAGGUUCCAGAGAGGAUGGGAGCUGAGCGAUAGGUGUGACUACUUUUAACCCAUCGCUACAUUCAGAGUACACCGCUGGCGCCUUUGGUUGGUCACAAGUGUUAUUUUUUCAAAAGGCAGAAGGAUUAAAUUUCUCACUUGAAUUGUAACUUUGCAAACGAAUGUGCCAAACCAAUUCAUCUUUGAGCAGACUUUGGCUCCAGAUAUGAGGGUUUCGAUAACCUGCAGCAGUCUCAUUUCUCCUCUGGAAUCCUGAGCUGUUGUAUUUAUGCAGCACUUUUAUAAGAUAUAUAUAAUUAUUACAAGAAAAGUGUAUAAGUAGCAGGAUAUGUUAACAGCUGUUGAUAAACCAUGCGGAGGGGUACUGAGUACCUUUAGUGCGGGGGAUCCGGACACUUGCUUUCAAGCUGACAUUUUGCUCAUUCGUUGAAAUGAUUGGAAACAAAACAUCAAGUACAUGCAGGUGAUGAUCAGAUCAUGUAUCCUUCAAACCUGCUUCACCGGUUAAUACAAUCAGAGAUGACACUGUCGCAAAACCAUAUUCUUGCUCUCACUCCUGAUAUCUGUGUCUAGAUACAUAUUUCUUUAAAUAUGUUCACUGUCCAUGGUUGUAGCUGCAUGAUUUCACCACCUUCAGAAUGAAGAAGUUUCUUUACAUUGACCUAAAUAAAUUGUCCUGUAUUUUUAAACCAGACAUGCAGCCAAGGGGGCAGUCCCCCUUGCAUCCAGCCUGUCAAGCCUUGUCAAUACUCUGUACACAUCAGUUAGAUUUUUUCUCUUCUAAAACUGUAGUGCAUGCAGGUCAAGUUGUCCCUUUCUCUCUAUGUACAGGAGCCCUGCCAUUCCAAUUAUCAAUCUAGUGAACUUGCAUUGCACUCCCUAUAUUCCUGUACUUUAUAUGGAGAACAAAACUGCACACAGUGUUCCAGAUGUGGACUCACUAAGGCCCUGUACGGUUGGAGUAAGGUGUCCUUGUUUUUGUAUUCAAAUGCUUUUGCAGUGAAGACCAAAAGCACAGCUUGCUUGCUGUACCUGCAUAUUUGCUUUUCGUGACUGGUGUAUGAGGACACCCGUCAGUAUGUUAUCAUUUCCCAAUCUUGCACCAUUUAAUAUCAACAUCUGUCCUCCCAAAGUUGAUAACUUCACUUUGUGCUGCACCUGCCUUGUACUUGCCCACUUGAGGAGCUUGGCUAAAUUACCUUGCAGCCUGUUUACUGCAUCGUUUACUGCAUCCUCACACCCCAGACAAAGAUUUAUUUAACCCUUUUUUUUUGUUGUAUGUCAUUAUUUUGCUGUAUGCAGUUUCCCAGUCCAUAGGUUGCACUGACUUAACUGUAUCCAACGACUCUGUACAAUUUGUAGAGUACUUUGGUAUGUGAAGUGGAAGUUCUGUGAUGAGAUGAUUUCGGAUGGUAUUUAAACCGAUUAUAAAAUAAAAACACCAAAAGUCAGUGGGGUUUUGUUCCUUUUUUAAUGUACUUUGAAUAUUGAAAACAACCUAUCUAGCAUCAAAUCAGAUUCAUAUUAACUUGCACAGAGUAUAGAAAAGUACAGCAAGGAACAUAUCAGUCCAUUUCUGUGCUGAACAUGAUGUCAGAUUAACCUAAAUCUCUUCCAUCUGUAUGUGAUCCAUUUCUUCAUUCCCUGUAUUCUCUGCAUGUGCAAGGUUAGAGCAAACUCAGGUGUGCAAUCCGUACAGAAUGCCAACUACACGAGUCAAAAAUUUGUGUUUAGCAUUAUCAUUUUAGAGUCGUAUGUCAAAAAUGGUCCUUCAACCCACCAGAUCUGUGCUAAUCGGCAAUGACCCAGCACCCAGUCCCUACCUGCUUGCCUUGGUGGUCGAGCUGCUGACCUGCCUACUCAGCCUGCUGUUGAUGCAUGACUGCAUUGCUAGAUCCAGUUCAAAUGGAAUCAUCAAGCUUGCUGAUGAGACAACAGUGGCUGGCCUCAUCAACAGUGACGACAAGAUGGUGUGCGUAGAGGAGGCAGAGUGGCUGGUAGAAUGAUGUGAGCAAAACUUGAGGCUGAAAGUUGACGAGACCAAAGAGAUGAUUGCCGACUUUAGGAAGGUGCAGGCUGACCACUCCUCACUUGCACUUAUGCAACUCUAUCGUGGGGAGAGUUAGCAACACCAAGUUUCUGGGAGUGCACAUAGAGUAAUGGACAAUCUUACCUGGUCCCUCAACACCAUCUCUUUGGUCAAUAAAGCACAGCAGCAUCUCCACUUCCUGACCCCUACCGCACCCCCCCCCCCCAAACCACCAUUUUAACCAGGUUUUUCAGGAGCACCAUCGAGAGUGACCUGAUCAGUUGCAUCACCAUCUGGUACAGGAAUUACAUGGCAUCUGACUGCAAGUCCUUACAAAAGAUUGAGAGGAUCAUCACGCUCUCUCAUCCAUCCAUUAGAGGUAUCUAUCAAGACAUAGAGUCCUUAGCAUUAUCAAUGAUCCCUCCCAUUUGUCCAACAAUCUUUGAUCCCCUACCAUCGAGUAGGAGUUACAUUAGCAUUGGGAUGGGAAACAGCCUCUUCCCUCAGGCUGUAAGACAACUGACCUCUUUGCCACCAUCUAAGUCUCAUUGCACAUGAUGCAACAGUAGUGUUAUACUAUUUAGUUUCUAAUUUGUAUCAUAUAUACAUCUUAUUAUUUGUGGUAAUGUGUUGUUUGUGAGUUAUAUGUAUUGAGUUGUGCACCCUGGGCUGGAGGAACGUUGUCUUGUUUGACAGUGUUCAUGUGUAUGGUUGAAUGACAAUAAACUUUGA